GAAUCUCAGGCCGGCUGCACUGCAUCCCCUGUGCGAUGGUCCCAGCUCUUACCAGCCCCCACAGAAGAGCUGUUCUAACUGCCACCCUCCCUGGUGUUUUAGCAUCCUGCUUCUGGCUCCUGCACCAUGAAAAUCCUGUUCUGUGACCUCCUGCUGCUCAGCCUCUUCUCCAGCAGCGUGUCCAGCAGCUGUCAGAAGGACUGUCUGGCCUGCAGAGAGAAGCUCCACCCAGUUCUUGACAGCUUCAACCUUGAGGUGUGCAUCCUCGAGUGUGAAGGGAAGGUCUUCACCAGUCCCCUCUGGACUCCAUGCACCAAGGUCAUGGCCAAAGGCUCCUCCUGGCAGCUCAGCCCUGCCGACCCAGACCACGUGGCGUCCACUCUUUACCAGCCAAGAGCCUCUGAGAUGCAGCAUCUGAAGCGGAUGCCCCGUGUCCGGAGCCUCUUCCAAGCCCAGGAAGCGACCAAGCCCGGCAUGGAUGAGGCUGGAGGGACAAAGCAGAAGCAGCUGCAGAAGAGGUUCGGGGGCUUCACGGGGGCCCGGAAGUCGGCCCGGAAGUUGGCCAACCAAAAGCGGUUCAGUGAGUUUAUGAGGCAGUACCUGGUCCUGAGCCUGCAGUCCAGCCAGCGCCGGCGCACCCUGCACCAGAAUGGUAAUGCGUAGCCGGAAGGGGAGCCCCUCCCAGCUGCACCGUCCACUUCAACCCCAUGAGUGUCCGGGCAAUCCCCAAAUCAGCAUGUCUCCAGCCCCAGACCUGCCGGCUGGGAAUCGGGAUUCCUUCUUCCCCGAGGCACUGAAACUAGCCUUGCCUCCAGGCCUCCACCCCUAGGGCCCAGCCCCUGUCUGGUUAUCUCCCCCCCUUCCUCCACCCACCCCAUGGCAUGUUUCAUGAUAACCCUGUUGCUACACCAGAGUGUAUUUUUGUAAUUCCUCCAGCUACCAUUCAAAUGGCCCCAUCUUUCCUUCUCACCCGCCUCUUCGCUCUUCUCAGGGUGGGUUAAAGGAACAAAUCAAGCCGGGGGUUUUGACUUGUCACUGCCAUAACUUGUUUGUAAAAGAGCUGUUCUUUUUGAAUGGUUGUUUUCAACAGAUAUUUCUCCAUUAAACUUCUACUGAGCAAAUGGUUAA